CAGCCGCACGUAAGCUCUCUUGACUCAGAACUCUACGAGCUCGCUACGCACGCAAUAGCGAAGUUGUUGCUUCACUUUAUUCCUUCGGCCUACAGUUACUACUAAAUAAAGGAUAAACGAUUGAUAUGUGCCGGUAGAACACUAUUAUUCAUGUCUACAAACUUAUAUUAUGAGUUUAUUCGUUGAUUUACGGCAGAUAAGAACUUCCGUUUCAAGUUUGUCAGAGAUGGUAGACAAAAUAUCGACAUCAGUUUGUAAAGAAAAAAUAGACAAGGAACGUAAAAAAAGUGUAGAUUCAGCGCUAUACGGAAGCUCUAUAUACAAGCCGACCACAUUGGGAUUCGGAGUAAGGUUUUCACAAAGUCAAGAGAAUAUAUGUCAAGACAUGCCUUCUUCUAGAUUACGAAGUCACAUGUCUCUUCCAAAUUUAGGUAAAUCAGAUCAUAAGAUAUCAUCAACUCGUCCAAAAAUUGUCGAAAUCGACGAUGAAAAAAAUGAAAAUGAUCAUAAGUGCACAGCACAAGUCUCAAUGGAAAAUAUAAAUGACUGGAUCAUAGCGUCUUUGAACAAAAGACCUCACUUUGAUGACAGUGGGCAUACUCACCCCAUGGAUUUUUUGGAAAACGUAAAGUAUUAUAUUUCUGAACUAAAUAUAACGACAGAAAAGCAGCUUCCUUUUCUAAUAUCGUGUCUUGACGGACUUCCGCUAAUGUGGGCGCGCUGUUUUAAAAGUGAAUUUAAAGAUGUGGAUGAUUUUUUUGACGCCUUUGAACAAGAGUUUUGGGGUUCGGAGAGACAGAAAUCUAUUCUUUACGAUAUGAAAUUGGGAAAAUAUGACGAGAAAAAAUCACGUAUGAGCAUGUCAGAAUAUUUCUUGUAUAAAGUAUCAAAUUACAAACAUUUGAGUCCCCCUCCCUCUGAUUUGGAAAUAAUAUAUUCUUUAGCAGCGCAUUUUCCUUCUGCUGUUGAACUAGAAUUACGUCUGACACCAAAACCUACAUUACGGGAGGCAUACAGCUUGCUCCGUCGUAGAGAAGGUGAAGCAAAUGACUUUCUGCCUAAUUACUUGUACGAAAUGUGUGAGGCUUUUCAACGCGGAUCCCAGCCAGAGUCCGCUCGCCGCCCGGAAGAUCAGCAAAGCUCAAAAAAAGAAGAUGAAAAUAAGCGAAGCAAAUAAA